UUCGUCGUGAGCAGCAGCCACAGAUCAGCAGGAUGGGUGACAAGGACCUUCUUUUGUCGGUCGAUUCCGUUGAAUCAGCCAGUGUUAAGAAGAAGAAUGUCGGAUCUAGGCUGCAGAUCCCCAAAAUCCCCUGGUACAUGGCCGGUGGCUUUGUCCUUUUCUGGGCCUCUCUCUUCCUGGCUGUUGUAGUGCCGCUCUUCUACCGUCUGCCGGAGGCUAAUACGCUGGAUGAUGUCGGAAAAGGAGUCUUUAUCGCAGAACGCGCACAGGAAAAUCUAUACGAAUUUGCAAAGAUCGGCACCAAGCUGGUCGGAAGCGAUGGAAAUGAGAACAAAACUGUGCAGUUUAUACUCAGGGAACUGGCACUGAUUAAGGCAAAUGUUCUAGAAGAGUACUUCGAUAUGGAGAUUGACCACCAACUUGCUUAUGGAUCCUAUGUUAGGAGCGGAGCACAAUACCAAUAUCAGGCCGUGCAGAACAUAGUGGUUAAAAUAACAUCCAAAGGCAGUACCAGCGAUUCUUACCUUCUGGUGAACUCCCACUUUGACUCAAAGCCCACGAGUCCAUCUGUCGGAGAUGCAGGUCACAUGAUUGUGACCAUGAUGGAGGUGAUCAGGAUUAUCACAACCUCGAAAAUUAAGUUACAGCACUCGAUCAUCUUCCUUUUCAACGGUUCAGAGGAGAACUCCCUGCAGGCAUCCGAUGGAUUCAUCACCUCACACAAAUGGGCACCCUACUGCAAGGUCGUUAUUAAUUUAGAUGCAGCUGGCAGCGGAUGUAAGGAGCUGUUAUUCCAGACUGGACCCAACAACUCUUGGCUGGUCAAGUACUACAAAGACUACGCCGAGCAUCCAUUUGCCACCACCAUGGCUGAGGAAAUUUUCCAAACUGGCAUUGUGCCCUCGGAUACGGAUUUUGAUAUCUUCUCCGAGUAUGCUAGCCUCGUCGGUUAUGACAUUGGUCUGGUCUGCAACGGUUUCGUUUACCACACAAAGUACGAUCGUUAUGAUAUUAUUCCACGAGCUUCUAUUCAAAACACGGGAGACAAUCUUUUGGCCCUGGUAAAGGCCCUUGCCAAUGCCCCAGAAUUGGCAGACACUACGGAAACCGGAAAAGCUGUCUUUUUCGAUGUUCUGGGACUGUUCUUUAUUAGCUACUCAGCGGACAGUGGCACCGCCCUCAACUACGCCGUUGCCGGAGCCGCCAUCAUCCUGGUUUAUGUAUCCCUCUUGCGCAUAGCGGAUGUUUCCAAUGUAACCUCCGCCCAGGUCCUGAGUUGGUUCGUUCUCAUCCUUGUACUCCAAGUUGUUGCCUUUGUCCUGGGACUGGCUCUGCCCAUAGUGGUGGCUUACAUGUUCGAUAAGUACGGCUUAUCACUCACCUACUUCAGCACUCCGGCACUUCCUCUGGGCUUGUACGUUUGCCCGAGCCUGGUGGGUCUUGCUCUGCCCAGUGUCAUCUACCUUAAGCUGCAGAAGAAUGAGAAACUUAGCUAUGCCCACCAACUUCAAAUGGCUCUGCAUGGACAUGCUAUUGUUCUGUCGAUACUCGGAAUCGCCAUCAAUUAUUAUGGUCUGCGUAGUACCUAUGUCAUUACAUGGACCCUGAUCUUCUAUGUCAUCCCAUUGGCCUUUAAUCUGGUGACCACUCUGCAGGAUCGCGGCUUCUCCUGGACCGGAAUCGUGAAAGUGAUCCAGGUGUGCCCAUUCCUAUACAACAGCUAUCUUUUCUACACAUUCAUCGUUAUUCUUACCCCAAUGAUGGGUCGUUUUGGACAAACCACCAAUCCCGACUUGAUUAUUUCUGCUUUGGCCGCCUUGGGAACAAUUCUUUCAAUGGGCUUUUUGAUUUUACUUAUUAACGUUUCACGUCGAUCUGGCUUGAUUCUUGUGGCUUUGCUGGCCGUAAGUGCUGCCACCAUUUACAUUGCCAGCUCCACAGAGAUUGGUUUCCCUUAUCGUCCCAAGACCAAUGUUGAGAGGGUGUACUAUUUGCACGUUCGAAGAACCUUUUACGAAUACGACGGAGCCAUCAGCAAGGAUGAGUCUGGUUAUCUCUUCAACUUCCAAGAUAGACGUGGCAGUGCUCCUCUAGUGGAGGCCAAAGUGGAUCUAACUGGCAUGGUGAGCAUGGCCUCCGACUGCGAAAAAUACAUGAUGUGUGGAGUGCCCUAUCCCGAUUCCCGGUAUGUCAAGAGUCGUUUGAAUGGAACUUGGUUGCCGCGGGAAAUACCCAUUGAACCAGCCACCGAUAAACCCUUGGAGCUCCUUAACAAAACGGUUCUGGAAGAUGGCAUAACCGUUCGAUUCGAGUUCAAGAUAAAUUUCACGGACCACUCGACCCUGUACAUCCAGCCUUACGAAGAUGCCACCAUCACCUAUUGGUCGCUACUCGAAAGCUAUUUGUCCAGUACACCACCUUACUAUCUAUUCUUCACUUACGGCGUAGAUGAUUCGCCCGUAAGCCUAAUCCUUGAGAUCCAGAAAUCCAAUGGCGACUUCAAUGUGCCAGUCACUCAAAUCGGAGUUGGCAGGCAAUUCAUGCACACUCGAGGAGAUAUAACUGCUCAGCAGUUUGCCGAAACAUUCCCAGACUGCGCCGUCCUGAUUGAUUGGCCAGCCGAUUACCACAGAUACAUAUUUUAAUUGAAUUAGAAUUUCAUAAAUAGUAAUAAAAAAAAAGAGUUAUUACGUAAA